AUGCGCGCAGGCCGCGCGAACGAAUCCACGUCGUCCCAGCCCCUCGCGUGCAUCGUCGGCGCCGCGGCCUUGCUCCUCUGGCGCGCCCGCGCCAAGGACGUCGCUCGCGGCGAGAGGAAGGACGACGACUCAGACGCGGCGGACCCGUGGAAGGAGGUCGAGGCGGACUCGCUCGUGUCGGGGCUCGCGCGAAAGCUCUCCAACGUCACCGCGCCCCAACUCGCGCCUCCCGCUCGCGACGCGCCGAGACCGGCGAGGAGGAUGUUCGGCGCCGCGCUCGCCGCCGCGACGGUCGCCGCCGCCGCCGCUCCGAACGCGCUCGGCGGCGGCGGCGGCGGCGGCGGGCGAGGGAACCCCGCAGGCGUGGGGGCUCCGCACCGCGAGGUGGGACAGUCGAAGAGGGACCGGCUCGCGAGGUUCGACGACCGCGUCCAGGUCAGCGUCCGCCGCGCGGGCAAGGGCGUCGUCGUCCUCGACGCGCGCGUCGCCGUCCCGGAGGCGACCCGCGCGCAGACCUGGCGCGCGGUGCGCGCCAUGGCGCUCGGUCAGGUACCCGCGGGGGGCGACGGCCUUCGAGACGUGCUGACGCAGACGACCGUCCCGGGCGUACCCCUUCCCGGGACUUUCACCGGGACUUUCAAACGCGGCCUCGGCGCCGCUCUCCUCGACGACGACGCCUUCGACGAGGAGGCGACGGUGACCCGCACUGCGAGGUACAAGUGGGGAGUCAUCAAGGGCACGUCCACGGUGGCGACGCGCGCGAGGGUGCGCGACGCGGACAUGACCGCGGUGAUCGACAACGUCGAACCCGAGCGAAAAGGACCAAACUCUUCCGCAUCGUCUCCGUCUCUCGAACGCGUGAACAGCGAAUACGCCGUCGUCGGCGACGGCGUCGCGUUCAGGAGCGAGUUCAAGGUGGCGGACGUUCGCGUCAUGGGAAUCUCGCAGAUCGAGGUGGCGACGAGGGCGACGGCGAGCAUCCUGAGGGGAGCGGCGGUGAAAAACCUCGGCGACAUCGCCAGGGUCGCAGCCGACGCGACCGCCUCUGAGAACGGACCACGCGACGUCCGCGCGUGA